AUGGAGAUGAGGCGAUUAUUUUGGACUGUAUUUUUGGGAGUUUUAUGCAGAGCGGAGGCGGGUAUGAUUGGUGAUCAGUGCGACUGGACUGGCAGUGGCCUGACAUCAACGACGGAGCGUGGAGUGACGCCUGUGUACCUGCGAUGCAGAGAAGGCACCAUCUCAUGGAUGUACCCUCGAGGAGCCCUACGCCUCAUCUUACGACCUCCUCUACCUGGCGACGAGAAGGAUUUCAAGAUCUGCAUCAGGGUCAUAAGGCGACCAGACCCGCCUGAUCUAUUCCAUACACUGCGACUUAAUGAUACAGAAGUCGCUGAGCGGUUCCCUGCGCGUCUAUUUGUGGAAGGCGCGCGAAGACUAGUUCCUUUGUAUGCGCCGAAUGAUGGCGAUCCAAGGGAACUGCGGUGCUUCCGAGGCAGACACGGAGGUGCUGCGAUAUAUGUGGAAGCGGAACCAGAAGACGGUCCUCAAAGGAGAGAAGCCACCUUCAAGUAUGAAGCGCGGCCCCUAGUCCGGAGACACUACGACCCAAACACUGCAGAUUGCAGACCUUGCUCAGAUUCGGAACUAGAGCUCGCGUUCUGCACCAGCGACCUCGUAUCGCGAGGAGUGAUCGUGAUGAGUGAACCCCGUGAGGACCUGGACACUACGCAGCUCACUCUACGAGUCACUAAGCUCAUCCGAGCCACCUCUGAAGCAGAGAGCAAAGACAAACCUGACUUGGAAGACGAUGAAUAUUAUAGAUACGACGUAGACAACACAAUAGAGCGCACUACACACCGCAACCAUAGAAGGCGGAAAGUGCGCAGCUUACACGCACACGUGCACGUUUCAUCUGUGUGCGGGGCGUCUGCGGGCGCUGGAGAGUUUCUCAUCAUGGCGAGACGACGAUUGGGAAGGUACUCCCUAGUCUGUGCUCCUAGGAUAGAAGACUGGAUGGAACUCGUCAAAAGAAGAAAUGCUGACGGCACAGCUUACUGCUUGCUACAGCAUUAG